AUGGAAAUACUUCCUAAUGUUGUUAUUGAGGUGGGAAAGUUGGUAUGUCAAUGCAUCUAUCCUAAGAUGGAAAAUAUUGUCUGCUUCUCAUCAAAAAUUGAAAAUCUAAGUGAGGAAAUGGAGAAGCUAAAAAAGUUGAGAGAGGAUAUCAAAGGAAAGGUGGAAAUAGCUGAGGGAGAAGGCUAUAAACCAAAACCAGAUGUUGUCAAGUGGAUCGAAGAUGUUGAGAAGGUGGAGAAUGAUUGGGGAACUAUGAAAGAAAGCAUUGAAGCGGCUAAGAUGCUUACAUAUAAGUGUUGUCCGAAUUGCAGCCUCCGCUUGGAAGUCGGCACUCAAGUGCAGAAGAUCCGAGAUAAAGUUUGCAGGCUUACAAAGGCCGAAGAAAGCUUUGGAUCCAAUUUGAUGGUAGAAAAUUACCGGAUGGAAAAAGUUGAGUACUUAGAGGUACCACCAAUAAAAGACCAGCCAACAGCAAGAAAGAAUAUCGACAGAAUCCUCAAACACUUGGAAAAUGACAAGGUUUGCAUCAUUGGAGUGUGGGGUGCGGGAGGAAUUGGGAAAACUACAUUGAUGAAGAAUCUGAACAAUGAGCUCCGACAGAUUGACGUGUCAAGGCCUAAACUGUGUUUUGGGGUUGUGGUAUGGAUUACAAUGCCCAAACCAGCGGAAAUAAGCAAGGUUCAAGCAUUAAUUGCCAAAAGAUUAUGUCUAGAGGUAGAUAACGGGGGAAGUAAAGAAAGCAGUGCCAACAAAAUCUACCAAAGGUUCAAGAAAGAAAAGCGUUUCCUUCUCAUACUGGAUGAUGUUUGGGAAGCUAUAAAUUUGGAUCAUGUCGGUGUGCCCCAUUCCAAAAAUCACGCAGGAAGCAACGUUAUUAUAGUUUCUCGUUUUCGGGGUGUUUGUAAGAAAAUGAAAACACACACGGAAAUCAAUAUUUCCAUAUUGGAUGAAAAUGAAUCUUGGCAUCUGUUUAUCAAAAAUGCGGGAGAUGUUGCCAAUCGGGUGGAUAUUCAGCCAUCGGCAAUGGAUAUUGCAAGAGAGUGUGGUGGUUUACCUUUAGCAAUCACUGUUAUCGGAACAUCUAUGAGAGGGAAGUCAAGGGUCGAGCUUUGGGAAGAUGCUCUAGAAUCACUUAGAAUGUGUGAACCUUGUGACGAAGAUGUAAUACAUGAGGUUUACAAGGUCAUCAAGUUGAGUUUUGAUUAUUUAGAAUCUCGGGAUACUGAAUUGUCCUUGGAGGAAAGAAGCAAUAUGAACAAAAGGAGAGGUGACAUUAAAAGUUGUUUCUUGUAUUGCUCCUUAUAUCCGGUGGAUAUUCAAACAGAUGAUCUCAUAAAUUGCUGGUGGGCAGAGGGGUUCCUUGGUGAACAUGACACAUACGAAAAUGCUUACAAUAGAGGAACCACAAUGAUUGACAGACUAAAAGAUGUCUGCUUGCUAGAAGAAGCCCAUUGGACGGAUUGUGUGAAGAUGCAUGACUUGGUUCGUGAUGUUGCUAAAUGGAUAGCUAACUCUUCUAAUGAUGAACACAAUUCUGUUAUUGAAGCUGGAAUCGGAUUGACUGAGAUAUCACAUACUAAACUAUCAGCUUCUGUCAAGAGAAUAUCUUUCAUAAGCAACAAAAUUGAACAUCUACCUGAUUGUGUCAUGGUUUGCCCAAGGACAACAUCUUUACUUUUGCAAGACAAUGAACCCCUCGAGAAAAUUCCUGAUGAUUUCUUUUCAUCAUUUCCAGCUUUAAGAGUUGUGAAUCUGAGUGAAACUGGUAUUAGAGCACUGCCUUCUUCCAUCAAUAGUUUAUCUCAACUACGUGCUCUAAUACUACGAGACUGCUAUGAGUUGAAAGAGUUACCAGAUAUUGGUAAUCUUUGCAAUUUGCAAUUGCUUGAUUGUGAAAAUACAGGGUUACGUUGUCUGCCAAUAGGAAUGCACAAGUUGACAAAUCUGAGGUUAUUAAAUAUGCCUACAUCUGAUUUGGAGAGUAGUAUCGGCCAAGGAUUUUUCCAGAAAUUGUCUAGCCUUGAAAUAAUAAAUAUGAUGGGUGGUUGUCUUGGAUCAACUUGUUUUGAUGAGAUAUCGUUUCUACACAAUCUGACAUCUCUUUUUAUUAGAUUGGAUAGCUCAUCAAUUUUGAAAAGAGAACACAACUGGAUGAAAAGAUUGAAAAGUUUUCACAUCGAAAUUGGGGAAACUUCAGCGGAAGUACCAUUCAACAAGUCAACAAAGAGGAUAAGUGUCUCCCAUUGUGAAACUUUCAGUAACGGAGAGCUCUCAGGCAUGUUACAGUUCGCUUCAUAUUUGUACUUGGAAAAAUGUGGGGAUCUGAGGAAGUUGAUUGAGAACAACAGUUUUGAUGGAUUAAAAUCACUACACAUAGAGAGUUGUUCUUGUGAUUUCACAGCAGCAGCAGAAGAAGAAGGAAGUGAACAGUUUGAUGAUCCUUUGCCAAAUCUGAAACAUAUCAGUCUCUCUUCUGUACAUAAUUUAAAGUGUGUCUCUGAUUUUGGUCAUUUUCUUGGUUCAAGAUUUUCUGGAUUACGCCAACUGGAUAUAUCCAAUUGUGGUAAUUUAACAUGUCUAUUUAAUGUUGGUGGAGCUUUUUCUGUACCCAACCACUUGGAAGAAAUUAAUAUUUUCAACUGUUCAGAGCUGGUAGAGUUGUUAGUGCAAUGCGGAUCUAGUCAGAGGACACUCGUCAACUCAGAAAUUCUAAGAGUUCGAAAGUUAUCGUUGAAACAACUACCAACAUUAAGAACGUUUGGGGAGUCAGAGAGUAUGUGGGUACACCUGGAGGAACUUGAGGUGAUAUCUUGCAAUGAAAUAAGGAAGUUGCCUCUCUCUAUUCAAAACUCCAACAACAUCAAACAAAUAAAAGGAGAAUCAGAAUGGUGGAGCCAACUGGAGUGGGAUGACCACAACUACAAAUCAAAUUUAAAGCAUUGCUUCACUGCAUUUGAUCAGGAAUAUUGGAAUGAAUAUCCAUAUACACAAGUGUUUGCCGACACUAAUCCUUCAGCUUGUCGGAUAUCUUAA